CCUUAGAAAUAAUUAUAUGUCCUGUUCCUCUGGCAAGCUCUCAACCUCUCAGCAACUGCCUGCACUCCCUCCGACGCCUCUUCAGCAAGAAGACGGCAUUUUUAUGUCUACGCUACCGUGUGCCACACAACAACCUCCGAUCUCUCUCGCGCAGCACAACAUCAAAGUCCGAGACUUUGCAUAUGAGAGUGUAUUACCCCCAAUCCCUCCAAUCCCUCGACUUCGUUCUGUACAAGCAGGGCCAAGGCCCUUGAAGCGUCUCAAACGAUCACAUGGGCCGGACAUGGAUGAUGAUGAUCCCUUUUAGGGGACGGACACAAAACCCAACAGAAGGCAGUGAAUCUGAAACGCAAACUUACUGAACCAAUCAUAACCCUAGAACAACCUCAAAAUCAAUUAGCGCGCGCCGCAGCAUACAUCGAUAGGCGAAGCGCAGCUCCUUUUAAUGUUUCGCCUAUUCCUGGGCUACUUUACCAGGGACAAUCAGAAAUCGUUGGACCACACGACGACUCCACAUCCUCCCAACCUCUUCUUGUCGGUGAUUCCCAAGAAAGUGAGACUCAGGUUGACACCCCUCUUGCCACCCCAAAUGGGUCGCUACAUUUUCCGAACACCGACAGGAUCGUGGUGGCAACAUCACAGUCCCAAACAGACUCACAGCUCUUCCAAGAGGAUGUCACUUACUCCCAACUUGGCCCUUCCCUGCCAUUUUCGCAGCCUAACUUCUCGCAGACG